CGGCCUCUCCAUCGGGCAUACUGCCUCAAGCACGAGCAUCGCCUCGAACCUCUCAAUUCCUCUUCAACCUCUACUCUUGGCGGUGCAGUCGGUCGCUACGAGCGCUGCAAAAUAACGAAGCGGCAGCUUAAAUACGUCAUCUGCAUCGAGCCCAUCACCGGCGACUAUGUUGCCUGUCUGUCCUGCGGCUGCGCAUCGCACUAGAUCUGUCUCGACGCCUACCUCUUCUCAUAGGACGACGAGGAGGUAACAAAAGACGACAUGAUAUGCGCUAGGGGAUGCGACUGCAACUGCACGCGCCGGGCCGGAAUGGGCGUCGUAGAGAGCUGGGAGGUGAUGAUGGGCGCGCUAGAGAAGAUGCGUAAGAAGGAGGCGAGGCGGGCGAAGGUACCGCUGUGGCGGUUAACGGAGGAGUGGAAUGAGGGGAGCGAUUGGGAGGGUGCGAGGGAGAGUAGGGCGGAGGUACCGCCGGCGAAGACGCCAAGGGGGACGAUGGGCCAGGCGAUGGGGUAUGCACAGCAGUUGAAUUUCUCGACGCUAAGUCGGAGGUUGGGGCAGGUGAGGGCGAGAGAUGGGUGGAUGGGGGUUAGGAGUGGGUUGAGGAAGAAGGGAAGUGUGAGUACUAGUAGUACUACUAUCCCCCCCGAAUGAUUGUAAAGACCCGCUAUUUUGAAGUUUGUGGAAACCCACUUAUAGCGAUCGGUUUAGGUAAAAAGGCGUAAAUAAGAUGAGAUCACUGGCAGAGGCCUUUUGACAAAAUAGUGG